AUGUCGUCCUCGUCUCCAGACCAACCCUCCUCCUAUACCCAGAUGGCCGAUCGUGAUCUUGAAGACAUCGGCAAACACUGCGAAUUCGAGUUCUGUCGGCAGUUAGAUUUCCUUCCGUUCAGAUGUGAAUCGUGCAAGGGGACCUUCUGCCUUGACCACCGAACCGAAACAACCCAUAAAUGCCCCAAGGCAGGAGAAUGGGCAGCCCGUCGACGAGCUGGGCAGAAUGGCACAGCAUCUACGACACCCUUACAGCUCUCUGAGAAACCUACCGUCUACAACUCCACCCAGUGCUCGCAUCCGUCAUGCAAGGCCCUAAUCUAUACGAUGGCGAAUGCAGGUGUCCACUGCCAGAACUGCAAUAGGGAAUACUGUCUCUCCCACCGGAUGAGGGAGGACCAUGAUUGCAGCAAUCUCAUACCCCUGGGCACCAGCGCGGCAUCAGUGGCCUUCACAUCCUCUGCUGAAAAGGCGCGGCAGGCCUUCUCCCGCCUACGCAGCUGGGGCAAGGGCAAGUCAUCCUCCGCUACCACUUCUCCGGCCUCUAAACCCAAGGCAAAGCCUCCCUCUGCCGCGUCACGAAUGGCGCGGUUAAAUACUCUAAAAAAGAACGCUAAAGGAGAUUCGAACCUUGAUGUGUCCAAACGCUUCUACCUCCAUGUUGAAGCCUCUGCAGAUACGACCACUGCUAAGUAUCCUACCGGAGAUUUCUAUUUCGACAUGGGAUGGAGUGUGGGCAAGAUACUGGACGAUGCUGCGCGAAGGCUACAGGUGCAGAAUGUGAAUAAUCGUUCUGCGGGAGAGGAGGACCGGCUCAGGAUCUUCCACGUUGAGGGAGGCAAGCUGCUAGACUUUUCUAGUAAGAUAGGGAACUGUUCUGUGGCUCAGGGGGAUACUAUUGUAUUGCUUAGGGGUGUUGGGCCACCAGUACCUGAUUUGAUCGAAAUGUAG